AACCCAAGCGGCUUGGCGGUUCGGAACGGACUCCGUCGAGAUCCUCGCGAAGCGACCCUGGCUCGCAACCGCGGGGGAGAUGCACUGAAAGGCAGCAUCAUUGUUUGUGAUGCACGGGCCGUAAUGCGGCUUUUCCCUCGGAGCUAACUGCUAGCGCGUUAGCAGCCAGCUAACUAGCUCGUGGCUAGUUUGAUUGUUAUGAACACAACUGGGUGCUGAAGCUCGAAUCUGGCUUUAUUUUAGCCGCGAUCGCCUGUGUUUGCUCAUUGGAUCUGGAGUCUACGUGGAACAGAAAUAGCCUCGGGUGUUCUCCUGCCUUCCUCGUUAGAUACGUUGGCCUGACCCGCGCCCGCACACAGCAAAGCUACCACCAUGAGUAUUAUCCAAGACAAAAUCAGCAAUGAGUUUUUGCGCAACGGUGGCAUGGAUCCCAAUUUUGCGCCCGGCAUGCUCAUGUUCAGCCACCUGCCGCCCGUCACCAGCUUCACGCGGCUCACGCCGCAGCCGGUCAUGGGCGACCUCCCGCAGGAGAUGGUCCUCAAGAAGGAGCGCGACUCGCCCCCGGACCACCAGAGCGCCGGCGUGGCCAACGCGGGCGGCUUCCUCCACAGCAUGGGAAUCAAGCAGGAGCGGCUAAGCGAGCUGGAUUAUCGCAUGCCUCUCUACGGUGGCGGCGGGGGCGUGUCGAUGAAUUGCGCCGGCGCGGGGAAGAGCGCCGCCGACAUGCCGGACAUGUCGUACGGCAACCACCACCAGAAUCACCAUAACAUGCUCCUGCACGACCUCAGCCACAGCAACGUGCGCUCCCUCGGGGACCCGAUGUCAGGACGAGCGGGUAAAGAGCCAAAAGAUUCGUCGGGGAAAAGAGGGAGGCGGACCAACGGGGACGGACAGGGCGGCAAAGCCCGGCGGAAACGCAACGAUGCCGCAAAGGCCAUGAUGCUGGACGCGGACGGAGCCUGCCUGUCCCCAAACUCCAAACCGCAUAUCUGCGAGCACUGCAACGCCGCCUUUCGCAGCUCCUAUCACUUGCGCAGACACGUGCUCAUACACACAGGUGAGAGGCCUUUCCGGUGCAGUCAGUGUAACAUGAGCUUCAUUCAGAAGUACCUGCUCCAGCGGCAUGAGAAGAUCCACAGCGGGGAGAAGCCGUUCAGCUGCGACCAGUGCAACAUGCGUUUCAUCCAGAAGUACCACAUGGAGCGGCACAAACGCACGCACAGCGGCGAGAAGCCGUAUCGCUGCGAUACGUGCCAACAAUUUUUCUCAAGAACCGACCGGUUACUGAAGCACAAGCGGACUUGCGGAGAAGCCAUAAAGAAGGGCCUGGACCCCAACAUGCUGGAGCUCAGCGAGGCCGAGCUGGGCCAGGGCAGCUAUUCACUCACUCAGGGAAACGCGAGCACCUCCGGGCGCAAGCGGGCCAAGUCCAAAAACGGGGAGGGCGGCGAGCGCAAGAGGAAGAAGAGCGCGGCCGCAUCGGCGGCCUCGUCCUCCGCCGCCGCCGCCAUGGGCCUGCAGGACUAUAGCAUGGAGCAACCUUCGGGCUCGGCCAUGCAGGGCCGCUCUCCCAAAUUGGUGUUUAAAAAAGCGGGCCGCAAGGGGUUGGAUAAGGCUCUCCUUUCUCUGGAAGACAGCGGCGACGGACACAAACUGUUAGGCCAAAAAGCCGGCUCCUUGGAUCACAUGGACGCUUCCGGGCUGGACAACAUGGGUCUGCUCCAAGGAGGCGGGGGCAGCAAGCAGGGUCCCACCACCAGCACCAACUACGACGACGCCAUGCAGUUUGUGAAAAAGCGGCGAUACCUCCAGGCUGUCAAUAGCGACUACGGAGCGGGCGCUCUCCACAUGGCGUCGCAGGGGGGCGGCGUCAUUCAGGUUUCCCUGGGGCCCGAACCCACGCUGGCCAUGCUGGACACGUCCCCCCUGGAGCUCAAGCACGACAAGUCGGGCAUCCCGGACGAGGUUCUGCAAAGCCUGCUGGAUCACUACAGCCAUAAGCCGGACGGGGGGCACCACCACGACGUGGCUUUCGACCUGUCCGACCACCCGCACCACGUGGACCUCCAGCCGGCGGCGCCCGUCACGCCCGAGCUGGAGGACGACGCGGCCAACGGGGGCGAUAAAACGGCGGUGAUGAGCGAGUACUCCAAGUUCCUCCUGCAGGCCCUGGAGCGCACCAGCCAUAGCGGGCCCUUCCCCAGCCUGGGCGCCACGGGGCCCUUCACUCUCCUGUCGAGCAGCUCCAGUCCCACGGGGCCCCUGUUCGCUGACAAGCACGUCUACGAUUGCGGCUACCCUCCCACCGUUUCCUCGCCGCUGCCCAUCGCCGCCCCCUCGUCCGCUUCUUCCUCCACCUCGUCCAAGUCCCACUACGGUAUGCUGGUGGGCUCCCCCUCCCAGGCGGCUUUCCACCUGACUCUGGAGCCGGCCAGCCACCAGCAGCUAACGCCUUCUCAGGAGCUGACGGAGCAGCUGGAGAAGCAGCACUCGCCCGGAGCCUUCAACCUACCUCCCCAGGAUCUGACCGCCCAGACGGAAAGCUCCAAGGGGCAACAAGCCAAGGCCGGGGCCGGCGCCGCCAACGGUUCCGGCUACUCGGACCUGUCUCCUUUGAACCCCCCGAAAGAAUCCACCACGUACCAGAUUGAGAAUUUCGCCCAGGCCUUCGGCUCCCAGUUCAAGUCGGGACGCCGCACCCCUCUGAGCUACGGCAGCGACCCCGGGGCGGAGGUGGACCACAGAAUACGGACUCCGGUCUCAGAGUUCUCAGGGUAUAGCAGCUUGUUAGCUGACGUCAGUGAGCCAGUCAGUACAGGAUCAAAAACCCCAACAAGCCAAAGUUUCAGAUAAGGCUCAGGCGAGAUGAAACCAGUUGGGGAUGGAGGGGGGGGGGGGGGGGGGCGUUGUAUUUGUCCACCCUGCCCCGCCUCCUACUCAUCAAAAUUUUGUUUUUCGUAGCAAUUUUAUUUUAAACACUGCCAUCAAAUGUUGAUGCAAACAUGACCAGGGAGGGUCUUCCAUGGCCUCAAAUGCAAUUUUUUAUUUUUUUUUAAUCACGUAUUUUAGUCUCUUACAUUUUGUUGGGAAAAUGUAGGUUUUUUUUGUUUUUUUUAAUGAUCGUAAACCGUAGAUUUUAAAUGUAAUUUAAAACAUUUUGAGGGUAGAGAUGAACUUGCAUUUCGUAUUACUUUCCAAACCCUUGUGUUUUACCAAUUGUCAUCCCAUUGUAAAAUAAUAAUGUUGAUAAUUACACACACAGUAAAAAAACAACACUUGUGGCAGGGAAAGCCCAGAACUCAAAUGGCAAAAAAAAAAAAAAAGUAUAUAUUGUCUGUUACAAGAAA